AUGAGGCAUAAUGGUGUUUAUAUGAUCAAUCCUGAUGGCCUGGGAUCGUUUCAAGUCUAUUGUAUUAUGAACAGAGACAGAGGAGGCUGGACCGUGUUUCAAAGAAGACAAGAUGGAAGUCAAAAUUUCUUCCUUGGAUGGUCAGACUACAAAGCAGGCUUCGGUGAUCUUAACGGGGAGUUCUGGCUGGGCCUUGAUAAAAUACAUCGUUUGUCCAAAUCUUGUCAAAAUGUUCUAAGAGUUGAUUUGAUGGAUUUCAAUGGCACCGAGGCUUACGCUAAAUAUGGGACGUUUAGUGUUGCUUAUGAAUCAGACAAAUACAGAUUGAAUAUUGGAAAUUAUUUGGGUAAACCACACUCUUGGUAA